GGAGGAGAGUAUAGGCUACAUCCGACGUAGAGAGAGCAAGCGCACAGACGUGCUGCUGCCACUGUCACACUCACACACAGCGACACUGAAGAAGGAUGCAGCCGAGCCACACAUUCACUCCUGCUGCGAUAUGAACGGGAUAUGUUCUGAUCUUCUCUGCCUCUAAUAAGGAUUAUAAGAAGUUUAUCUAUUUAUUGGUUUUAUUUCGAACUGCGGUGCUAUAGAAUUACAUAUUACUUUGAUUAGGUUUUUAUUCCUGAAGAACAAAUGUAGGCUAUUUUUCUUCCAUUUCAAUGAGAAUUGGGUCAUGAUCACAUCGCCCGCAUUUUCUGUCCUGAGAAAUAGUAUCGCGAAUCCGGUGUGGGAGAACAGUUAUUCAGGGGAGAAGAGCGCAGCGAGAAUAAACAAGCCAUUUCUUCACUUCGUAUCUCCCUCAGACCCUUUACGGCAGGCUAAUCGUAUACCCAUAAAGAUUUUGAAAAUGCUUACCGCACGGGGAGGACACAUUUUGCACCCGGAGUACCUUCAACCUUUGCCAUCAACUCCUAUCAGUCCCAUCGAGCUGGACGCCAAGAAAAGUCCGUUGGCUCUCUUGGCACAGACCUGCUCACAAAUCGGCAAACCAGACCCUCCGUCCUCUUCCAAACUCUCAUCUGUAACCUCAAAUGGAUCUAGUGACAAAGAGACCAAAUCCGGACCACUAAAAAUGAGUGACAUUGGAAAUGAAGACAAAUCUAGCUUCAAACCAUACUCCAAAUCAUCGGAGAAGAACAAGGACUCCUCGUCCGGCAGUGGUAGUCUGAGUGGAGAUAAAGCUAGUUUCCGAGUGCCUAGCGCCACCUGCCAGCCGUUCACCCCCAGGACAGGCAGCCCCAGCUCCUGCCGCUCUGUGUCUCCGCUGCCAUCUGAGGGUAAGCAGGGAGACAAGGACGAAAAGAAUAAGGAAUCUGAUAGUAAUAAAAACAGUACACUGGAGGGAAACGGAAACGGUAGUCACAGCCGGAUAUCUGGGAUUAACGGUGAGGCUAACCAACACCAGGAGACCACUUCUGGAUCAAAGGCUAUCACAUCAGACUCACUCACAUCUGUCUCCUCUGCAUCAUCUAUUCAUCUUCUGGGUUCAGGAGGACUCGUAGCGCCCGUCUCCCCCUAUAAACCCGGGCACACCGUUUUCCCCCUAUCGCCUGCUGGCAUGUCCUACCCUGGAAGUUUAGCAGGUACAUACGCAGGCUAUCCCCAACACUUUCUCCCUCACGGAAUGACUUUAGACCCGACGAAAUCUAGCAGUCAACUACUUAGUGCUCAGUUCGCCGCUGCCAGCCAACUUCAGUGCAAUAAGGCUGGGAGCCCGUUGUCCAGGGCUUCUCCUCCGUCCCUAAUGUCUGCUAGCCUGUGUAGAGACCCGUACUGCCUGAGUUAUCACUGUGCAAGCCACUUAUCCGGUGCUUCCAGUGCCUCACAGUGCCAUGAGUCCUCGGCUCUGAAGUCAGGAUACCCUCUCAUGUACCCAACUCACCCUUUGCACGGCGUGCAUUCCUCGCCGCCAUCUUUUGCUGGACACCCGUUAUACCCCUAUGGCUUUAUGCUCCCAAAUGACCCUCUGCCACACGUCUGUAAUUGGGUGUCGGCUAACGGACCUUGUGACAAACGGUUUUCUUGCUCAGAAGAGCUUCUCAAUCACCUAAGGACUCACACUGCUUUUGCGGGGACGGAGAAGUUGAUAUCAGGAUACCCAGGUUCAUCAUCACUAGCCAAUGCUGCCGCGGCCGCAAUGGCUUGCCAUAUGCACAUGCCUCCAAACGGGGCCCCGGGCAGCCCUGGAACGCUCACCCUCAGGAGCCCGCAUCACCCUCUGGGACUGAGCACACGCUAUCACCCCUAUUCAAAGAGCCCCAUGCCCCCCGGCGCGUCGGUUCAGAUGCCCGCUGCCACAGGUCCAUAUUAUUCUCCCUAUGCAUUGUAUGGACAGAGACUCACCACGGCAUCAGCGUUAGGAUACCAGUAGAAGAUACAGACAGACGCAUAAUAACUAUACAUUUAUAAGGAGAUUUUAGGCCUAAAGGACUUUUAUAUUGGUUGUAUUUCAUGCAGGACGGGAUCCGUGGGCUCAAUGUAUUUAUUUGCGAUAGCUCCAAGCGUGACAAAAAUAAAAAUAAUUAUAAUAUAAUUUGUAAGAGGCUCAAGGUGCAUUCUUUUUUAUUACAAUUAAGAUAUAGGCUAUAUUGGAUGAUGCCAUUUUAGAUGUUACAUUGAAAUUAUGUUGUUUUUAAAAAGCUCAAUUUGAGAGUUUUAUGUUUCCUACAUACUAAAGGCCUAUUAGUUAUAUUUUCAUUGGAAAGCAGUAGCCUAUUUUGGAGUCUGGUGUGCCUUUAUAUAGGUCUACCGGCUACCGCACAACGCAAAUAACUUUUCCACAUUAGGCUAAACCUUAGAAUGACAUGUUUAGUUAAUUUUGAUGGCAAAUUGGGCUAUCUCAUAUUUCUUCAUAAAUUAAAUGAUUAAUUCCACAAGCUAAAUCAGGCUUAUGAAUCUGGUAGGUUGUUUAUGAAAUAAAUAAUUCUACCUUGAGUAUUACUUUACUUAUAAUGAUAAACACUUGAGUAUGUGAGACAUAAUUGGUCUGUUAAAGAAUCGACGCCAUUUAAUUUGUGGAAUUGCAUUUAAGAUGUGUGUAGGCCUAUUUCCAUUUUAAGUCUGUGCGGUAUACACUUGAGUAACAUUUUAAUCACAUUUCGAUACCUUUAAGACUGUAAAAUAUAUUUGUUAAACUUUUUAAAUAGCUAAGCCAAAUAGCAGCCUACUGUCAUCUGACACAGAUGUAUUUCGCCACUCAAUUAACAAUUGGGUAAUUUAUCGUUGGAGUAAUUUAGACAGAAAUAAUCUAUCUCUGAUAUUCAUUUGAACAUUCCAUUAGCAAAUUCAGCACUUGUUUUUCACAGAUCAUAUUUAGCCUAUCUUCGAACGAAUGAUGGUGUCAGUCUGAUAACAUUCAAAUAAGGAAGUUAUCUGCUUGUGCAGUUCUAAAACAUGCAAUAUCAGCAGCACAUUGUGAAAUAACAUUAAAUCUAAAAAGUGACAACCCAAACAACAUUAAUUAUUGUUUUGCGUCUUGUUCUCGGAUAAAAUUAGCCCUAUUUGUCUGAGCAGAGAGUUCACCAUAAAGGAGAAGUGGUUAUGGGAUACAUUUAUACGUUUUUUAUACGUAUACGGGCGGCAGGUGGCUUAGUGGGUAAGAGCGUUGUGCCAGUAGCCGAAAGGUCGCUGGUUCUAAUCCCCG